AUGUACGGCACCGGGACUGGCCCCCAGACGGGCAUCUCUACUCCCAGAUCCAACGCUUCGCUGCGACCGUUGACUCUUUCCCACGGGUCUCUCGACACAUCUUUCCUCAUUCCCACAAAUCUACACUUCCACGCAGCUCAGCUCAAAGAGCGCUUUCUCGCCAGCUUACCAACAGCUACUGACGAGCUCGCGCAAGAUGAUGAACCUUCAUCCGUCGCCGAGCUCGUCGCUCGCUACCUGGGCUUCGUUGCCUUCGAGGUAGAGGAAGGCGAGGACGAUGACUCGGGGUCGUACGAGGAGGUCCUCAAAAUCGUCCUGAACGAGUUCGAGCGCGCUUUCCUGCAUGGCAACGAGGUGCACGCGUUAGCUGCCACCCUUCCCGGCAUUGAGUCGAAAAAGCUCGAGGUCGUGCGCAGCUACUACGCGGCUCGUGCUGUGUCCAACAGAAACAUCCGACCUCACGAGUCAGCGCUGUUCAGAGCCGCUGAUGAGGGAGCCGCAAAGGUCUACACCAUCUUUGGCGGCCAGGGCAACAUCGAGGAGUACUUUGAGGAGCUCCGCGAGCUUUACAAGACGUACCCCAGCUUUGUGAGCGAACUUAUCACAGGCUCCGCCGAGCGACUACAGAGCCUCUCACACCACCCAGGCGCUGAGCAGAUCUACGCCAAGGGCUUGGACAUUAUGAGCUGGCUCCAUGCACCAGAUUCGACGCCCGACGUUGAUUAUCUCAUCUCCGCGCCCGUCAGCUUCCCCCUGAUCGGUCUCGUGCAGAUGGCCCACUACGAAAUCACCUGCAAGGUCCUCGGCGUGGACCCUGGGGUCCUGCGCGAGAGGACUGCCGGUACCACCGGUCAUUCGCAGGGUAUCGUUAUGGCCGCUGCCACUGCUGCUGCUGACUCCUGGGAGUCGUGGCGCGAGAUCGUGGCAUCGACCCUCACAAUCUUGUUCUGGAUCGGUGCCAGGAGUCAACAAGCAUUCCCCGUUACCUCCAUGACCCCUACGAUGCUUCAGGAGUCGCAGGACAAUGGCGAGGGCACACCCACACCAAUGUUGAGCAUUCGAGAUUUGUCCAGGGAGGAGGUGCAAAAGCACAUUGAUGCCACCAAUCAGUAUCUUCCCGCUGAUCGCCACAUCAGCAUCUCCCUCGUCAACAGCCCUCGCAACAUGGUUGUCACAGGUCCUCCCACAUCACUGUACGGUCUUAACUCGCAGUUGCGCAAGGUUAAAGCGCCCACAGGCCUGGACCAGACCAGGGUCCCUUAUACCGAGCGCAAGAUCCGGUUCUCGAACCGAUUCCUCCCCAUCACCGCUCCUUUCCACAGCAAGUACCUGUCUGAGGCUACUGCUAUGAUUGACGAAGACCUCAAGAAUAUCAGCAUUGAUGCUUCCGCCCUGGCCGUUCCAGUGUUCGACACUAACACGGGCAGGGAUCUCCGUGAGCAGGUCCAGGGUAACAUUGUUCCUUGCUUGAUCCGCCUCAUCACUCGCGACCCCGUCAAUUGGGAAGCCGCUACAGUCUUUCAAGAGGCAACCCACAUCCUGGACUUUGGCCCUGGCGGUAUCUCCGGCUUGGGUGUCCUGACUAGCCGUAACAAGGAAGGUACUGGCGUCCGUGUCAUCCUCGCCGGUUCCAUCGACGGAACCAUCACCGAGGUCGGGUACAAGCCAGAGAUCUUCGACAGGGACGAGGAGCACGCCGUCAAGUAUGCCAUUGACUGGGUGAAGGAAUACAAGCCUCGCCUGGUCAAGACAUCGAGCGGCACCACUUACGUCGACACCCGCAUGAGUCGACUCCUCGGCAUCGCCCCCGUCAUGGUGGCCGGUAUGACCCCGUGCACGGUACCUUGGGACUUUGUUGCUGCGACCAUGAACGCCGGCUACCACAUUGAGCUUGGUGGUGGUGGUUACUUCAACGCCAAGCGCAUGACCGAGGCGCUUCUCAAGAUCGAGGGCGCCAUCCCUGCUGGCCGUGGUAUCACUGUCAACCUGAUCUACGUCAACCCCCGCGCCAUGGGCUGGCAAAUCCCCCUCCUUGGCCGUUUGCGUGCCGAGGGUGUGCCCAUUGAAGGUCUCACGAUCGGUGCCGGCGUUCCUUCCAUUGAGGUUGCCCAGGAGUACAUUGAGACCCUUGGUCUGAAGCACAUUUCCUUCAAGCCAGGAUCAGGUGAGGCCAUCCAGUCCGUCAUCAACAUUGCCAAGGCGAACCCCACGUUCCCUGUCAUUUUGCAAUGGACAGGUGGUCGUGGUGGUGGUCACCAUUCUUUUGAGGAUUUCCACCAGCCUGUGCUGCAAAUGUACGGUCGCAUCCGUCGCCAGGAGAACAUCAUCCUUGUUGCUGGCAGUGGCUUCGGUGGCGCCGAUGAUACCUACCCUUACCUCACCGGUGAGUGGUCUAAGAAGUACGGAUAUCCUCCCAUGCCCUUCGACGGUACCCUGUUCGGUAGCCGCAUGAUGGUCGCCAAGGAGGCCCACACGAGCAAGAGUGCCAAGCAGGCAAUCGUCGACGCUCCAGGGCUGGAGGAUACCCAGUGGGAGCAGACAUACAAGGGCCCUGCCGGUGGUGUCAUCACUGUUCGCUCCGAGAUGGGCGAGCCCAUCCACAAGCUUGCUACCCGUGGUGUACGCUUCUGGGCCGAGAUGGAUAAGAAGAUCUUCGCUCUGCCCAAGGAGAAGCGAGUGCCGGAACUUAAGAAGAACCGUGAAUACAUCAUCAAGAAGCUGAAUGAUGAUUUCCAAAAGGUCUGGUUCGGCUGCAACAAGGCCGGUCAAGCAGUGGACCUCGAGGACAUGACCUAUGCCGAGGUCACUCGCCGCCUGGUUGACCUUCUCUACGUUAAGUACCAGUCGCGCUGGAUCGACCCUUCGUUCGCUCGGUUGACCGGAGAUUUCAUCCACCGCGUCGAGGAGCGCUUCACAAGUGUCUCAAGCAAGCCUUCUCUGCUUCAAAGCUACGCUGAUCUUGACGAGCCAUACGAAGCUGUUGACCGCAUCCUCUCUCACUACCCUGAGGCCGAUACCCAGAUCAUCAACGCUCAGGACGUGCAACAUUUCUUGCUGCUCUGCUCGCGCCCUGGCCAGAAGCCCGUGACCUUCAUUCCCGUGCUCGAUGACAACUUUGAGUUCUUCUUCAAGAAGGAUUCUCUGUGGCAGUCUGAGGAUCUCGACGCAGUCAUCGGCCAGGACGUUGGUCGUACCUGUAUCCUUCAGGGACCGACUGCCGCCAAGUUCUCUACUGUUCUUGACGAGCCCAUCAAGGACAUCCUUGACGGCAUCCAGAACGCCCACAUUGACUUCCUCGUCAGGGACUAUUACAAUGGCGAUGCCUCGUCGAUCCCCACCCUUGAGUACUUUGGUGGCAAGCUAGUCGAGUCCGAGGUUCCUCUGGAUAUCGACAGCUUGACGGUCAUCCAGGAUGCUGAAAAGCACACCUACCGUCUCUCCUCUUCGGUGACUGCCGUGAUGCCCGAGCUCGACGCCUGGCUGACCCUCUUGGCUGGUCCCAACCGCAACUGGAGACACGCACUUCUCAGCUCGGACGUGGUUGUGCAGGGUCAAAAGUUCCAGACCAACCCUCUUAGACGCAUUUUUGCUCCUACCCGUGGCUUGUUUGUUGAGAUUUACCACCCCAACGACCCAUCCAGGACCAGCAUCAUCGUCAAGGAGCAGCCUCGCCACAACCAGUACGUGACAGUCAUCGAGGUCAAGCUGGUGGGCAAGAACGAGAUCCUGGUCAACCUGGUCAAGGAUACCACUGCUCUGGGUGAGCCGGUAUCGCUGCCGCUCAAGUUCACCUACAACCCUGAGGCUGGCUACGCUCCGAUCCACGAGGUCAUGCAAGGUCGCAACGACCGCAUCAAGGAAUUCUACUGGCGGGCGUGGUUCGGCAACGAGAAGCUGGACCUUGACGCCGUUGUCACCAGCAAGUUUGACGGUGGCAAGACUACCAUUACCGGCGAGGACAUCAAGGACUUUGUCCAUGCCGUUGGUAACACUGGCGAGGCCUUCGUGGAUCGCCCCGGCAAGACGGUCUAUGCUCCCAUGGACUUUGCCAUUGUCGUGGGCUGGAAGGCGAUCACCAAGCCCAUCUUCCCCCGCACCAUUGACGGUGACCUGCUCAAGCUGGUUCACCUGUCCAACGGGUUCCGCAUGAUCCCGGGUGCCGAGCCCCUCAAGAAGGGUGACGUGGUCUCUACGACUGCUCAGAUCAACGCCAUCAUCAACCAGGAGUCCGGUAAGAUGGUGGAGGUCUGCGGUACCCUCGUCCGUGACAACGAGCCCGUCAUGGAGGUCACCUCCCAGUUCCUUUACCGCGGGACGUACACCGACUACGAGAACACGUUCCAGCGCAAGGUGGAGACCCCUAUCCAGGUUCAUCUCGCCACCACUCGCGAUGUGGCCGUGCUCCGCUCCAAGCAGUGGUUCAGCGCUGACGAGUUGCCGAGCGAGAUAGAGCUGCUCGGCCAGACCCUGACCUUCCGUCUGCAGAGCUUGGUUCGCUUCAAGAACAAGGACGUCUACAGCAGUGUGGAGACACGCGGUCAAGUCCUGCUCGAGCUUCCCACGAAGGAGGUUAUCCAGGUGGCCAGCGUGGACUACGAGGCGGGCGAGUCCCACGGCAACCCUGUGCUCGACUACCUCGAGCGCAACGGCAGUCCUCUGGACCAGCCCCUCAACUUUGAGAACGCCAUUCCGUUGAGCGGCCGCACGCCUCUGCAGCUCCGUGCGCCUGCCUCCAACGAGAAGUACGCGCGUGUGUCGGGCGACUACAACCCCAUCCACGUGUCCCGCGUCUUCUCCAGCUACGCGUCCCUGCCCGGCACCAUCACGCACGGCAUGUACUCGAGCGCGGCCGUACGCAGUCUCGUCGAGACCUGGGCGGCGGAGAACAACAUUGGCCGCGUCCGCAGCUUCCACGCCUCGCUGACGGGCAUGGUGCUGCCCAACGACGAUAUCCAAGUCAAGCUCCAGCACGUUGGCAUGGUCUCUGGACGCAAGCUCAUCAAGAUUGAGGCCAGCAACAAGGAGACUGGGGACAAGGUCCUCCUGGCCGAGGCCGAGAUUGAGCAGCCUGUGACAGCCUACGUCUUCACCGGCCAGGGCUCGCAGGAGCAGGGCAUGGGUAUGGAGCUGUACGCCAGCAGUCCUGUCGCCAAGGAGGUGUGGGACCGCGCGGACAACUACCUGCUCGACAACUACGGCUUCUCCAUCACCAACAUUGUCAAGAACAACCCCAAGGAGCUCACCAUCCACUUUGGUGGCCCUCGUGGUAAGGCCAUCCGCCAGAACUACAUGGCGAUGACCUUCGAGACGGUCGCGGCCGACGGCUCCAUCAAGUCGGAGCGCAUCUUCAAGGAGAUCAGCGAGAGCACGACCUCGUACACAUACCGCUCGCCCACGGGCCUGCUGUCGGCGACGCAAUUCACGCAGCCUGCGCUGACGCUGAUGGAGAAGGCCAGCUUCGAGGACAUGAAGUCCAAGGGUCUGGUUGCUCGUGACAGCACAUUCGCUGGCCACUCGCUGGGCGAGUACUCCGCAUUGGCCGCCCUGGCCGAUGUGAUGCCCAUUGAGAGUCUGGUCUCUGUCGUGUUCUAUCGUGGUCUGACCAUGCAGGUGGCCGUGGAGCGUGACGCGAGUGGACGGUCCAACUACUCCAUGUGCGCGGUCAACCCGAGCCGUAUCUCCAAGAGCUUUACCGAGGAGGCUCUCGAGUUUGUGGUGAGCAACAUUGCGGACGAGACGGGCUGGCUGUUGGAGAUUGUCAACUACAACAUUGCCAACAUGCAGUAUGUGUGCGCGGGCGACCUGCGUGCGCUGGACACGCUGGCGGGUGUGACCAACUUCCUCAAGAUGCAGCAGAUUGACAUUGAGGAAAUGCGCAGCAACAUUGAGGAAGCCAAGGGCGCGCUGCGCGAGAUUGUGCGCGGGUGUGCUGAGAAGACGCUCAAGAAGCCUCAGCCCCUGGAGCUGGAGCGCGGCUUCGCGACAAUCCCGCUCAAGGGUAUUGACGUGCCAUUCCACUCGACCUUUUUGCGGUCGGGCGUCAAGCCCUUCCGAUCCUUCCUGAUGAAGAAGAUCAACAAGACGACCAUUGACCCGUCCAAGCUGGUGGGCAAGUACAUUCCCAACGUGACGGCCAAACCGUUUGCAUUGACCAAGGAGUACUUUGAGGACGUGUACAAGCUGACCAACUCGCCCAAGAUUGGCGCGGUGCUGGCCAACUGGGACAAGUACACGCAGGAGGACGGCCCCAACGGGCAGGCUGGCACAGAUAGCAGCAGCGGCGACUACGAGGGCCCCGCGCGGGGUGCGUAA